AUGUUCAUCUAUCUCAGUAAAAAGAUAGCCAUUCCGAACAAUACGCGGUUGAACUGUAUCGCCUGGAACAAAGAUCAGGGUUACGUGGCGGUCGGUGGUGAGGAUGGACUGCUGAAGGUGCUGAAGCUGGAGCAGGCGAGCAGCUCCAAUGUGUCCGCUCAACCGGGCAAGGCUCUGCAGGCCAGUAAUCUCUCGAUGAAUCAAACGCUCGAGGGCCACAAAUCGUCCAUUCAGGUGGUAACGUGGAACGAGUCCCAGCAGAAGCUUACGUCCUCUGACAAGGAUGGCGUUAUCAUGGUGUGGAUGCUGUAUAAGGGUUCGUGGUACGAGGAAAUGACCAACGAUCGCAAAAAGUCCACCGUGAAGGGUAUGGCUUGGACGGGCGAUGGACAGAAGAUUUGUAUCGUGUACGAGGACGGAACCGUGAUCGUCGGUUCGGUCGAUGGGAACCGUAUCUGGGGAAAGGAUCUGAAGAACGUCUCGCUGGCCGGUGUGCAGUGGAGUCCGGAUGGCCGGUUGCUGCUGUUUAGCAUCAAGAACGGAGAGGUUCAUCUAUACGACAACCAGGGAGUGUUUGUGAUGAAGUUACACAUCCAGUGCGUUUAUUUAACACCAACGAAGAGCAUCACGGUGGUCGGUUUGUGCUGGUAUCACCGACCGGUGUCAGCGAAUCGUCCCGUGUUGGCGAUUUGCUACGAAAACGGACGAAUGCAGCUGAUGCGCAACGAAAACGAUGACAGUCCGGUGGUGGUGGACACGGGGCUGCAGGCCAUCUCCUGUAUGUGGAACCACGAUGGUACGAUACUGGCCAUCUGUGGGAUGAAAACGAACCUGACUAGCGACAAGGACAGCAGUCAGGUGCUGUUUUACUCGCCGUACGGUGUGCACAUUCGCACCCUUAAGAUCCCUGGCAAAGAGAUCACUUCGUUGUCGUGGGAAGGGAAAUCGCUCCGGAUUGCUCUGUCCGUUGAUUCGUUUAUCUAUUUCGCCAACAUUCGGCCAGAUUAUCGGUGGUGUUACUUCAAUCGUACCGUGUGCUACCAGGAAGCAUCGAAUGGCGACGAGCAGGACUCGGUGACAUUCUGGGACACGAACUCGAACCAGUGCUACAGCAAGCAGAUCGAUGCGAUCAUGUCGAUGGCCGCUACGAACGAUCACUGUGUGAUCGCGGUCGAGACGAAGAUGACCGGCAAGGAGUUUAGCAUCGUGAGCGAAGGCAAGGGAAAGGAUCUCAUGUACCAGCUGUUGAUAUGCAACUCAAUCAGCACGACUGUCGACUCAAAAUACCUCGACAUACGACCUGAGUUCAUUACGAUGAACUCGUCGCACGUGAUCGUCGCUUCGAAAGAUCACUUUCUGCUCUGGCAUUAUCAUACACCGAAGGGUGCCUCAACGUUACACGCUAAUCUGAAAGUGAAGCGCGAUCGUAAGUACCACAUCGACGAUACACCUGCCCUGGAGGUGUUGAACGAUCUCGAUUCGAAGACGGCCCAGGAGAUCCCGUCAAAGGUGGACCCCAGCCAGGAUCCGAUCUGUUGUAUCGCAUCCUCCGAGAGCUUACUACUGAUCGGGCGCGAAAGUGGAUUGAUCCACGAGUACACGCUACCCCAUCUGGUGCUACGCAAUCGGCAUUAUCUACAGAACCGUAGCUACAAGCUGGCGAUCAACUGCAACUCAACCCGUGCCGCAAUGAUCGAUUGUAAUGGUGUGCUGACGACACUGACGCUGCGCGACGAUACGAGUGAGCUCGAUGUAGGUGGUACGGCAGGUAUGGUAGGCCAAGAGGGUGCUCACAUCGAGCGGAAGGACGUAUGGGCGAUCUGUUGGGCGAAGGAUAACCCACAGCUGUUGGCGAUCAUGGAGAAAACGCGCAUGUACAUUCUUCGGGGAGCGGAUCCCGAGGAACCAAUCACCUGUUCCGGGUAUAUCGGGAACUUUGAGGAUCUCGAGAUCACGGGUGUGCUGCUGGAUGAUAUUAUCAAGGGAGGUGCUACACCGAACGUGAAGGAACACAUUUUGCAAUUGCGCGUAAAGUCACUGCGUGAUACCGAGGAUCUCCUGGCGCACGUGGGAAUAUCGGAAGCGAAGCAGUUCAUUGAGGACAAUGCGCACCCACGGUUGUGGCGUUUGUUGGCGGAAGCAUCGCUUAAAAAGCUCGAUCUCGAAACGGCCGAAUCGGCGUUUGUGCGGUGCAGCAACUACCCGGGGAUUCAGAUGAUCAAACGGCUUAAGACGAUCCAGCUGGAGUCACUGCAGCGUGCCGAGAUCGCGGCCUUUUUCGGGGAGUUUGAUGAAGCUGAGAAGCUGUACCUGGACGUGGAUCGUCGCGAUUGUGCGAUCCGAUUGCGGCAGACGCUGUGCGAUUGGUUUCGCACGGUGCACCUGUACCGGUUGGGGCCGGGUAUUUCGGAUCAACAGAUGGAGAAUGCGUGGCGCGAGAUCGGACACCAUUACAUGAACAUGCGCGUGUGCGACAGUGCGAAGGAGUACUACGAAAAGGCGCACCACAUCGAGGGCCUGAUGGAUGCGCUGUAUAAUCUCGAGCAGUACGAUGAGCUGGUCGGUUGUAUGCACAAGCUACCCGAGAAGAGCCAGCAGCUGGCCAAGCUAGGGCAAAUGCUGGCCACGGUCGGCAUGUGCGAACAAUCGGUGGCCGCCUAUCUGAAGCUCGGUGACGUCAAGUCGGCUGUAUCGACGUGUAUCGCUCUGCGCCAGUGGGGACUGGCGGUUGAGUUGGCGCAAAAAUAUAAAAUGCCUCAAAUCAACACCCUGCUCAGCAAACACGCGGCCCAACUGCUGCAGGAGGGAAAGCUACCGGAGGCCAUCGAGUUGCAACGGAAGGCAGGUCGGUAUCUCGAUGCCGCCCGAUUACUGGUGAAGAUGGCCGAAGCGGAAGCGGAGAAGAAAUCGGACUACAUCCGGAUCAAGCAGCUGUACGUGCUGUCCGGUUUACUGGGGGAAGAGUACAUCGAAAAGCAGAUGGCCAUCCUGGCGGGUGGUAGCCGUGCUGCUGUCCUUUCACAGCUAAACCCCGAAGAUGCGGUACUGAUCGAGCAGAUAUGGCACCAUGCCGAAGCGUACCACUAUAUGCUGCUAGCACAGCGACAGCUUCGUUCCGGUUUGUUGCACAGUGCCGUCAUUACGACGCUCCGUCUGCGCGAGUACGAGGACGUACUGGAUGUGGAGGUCCUGUAUGCGUUGCUCGCACUGGCCUCCUGUGCCGAUCGUUCGUUCGGUACAUGCUCGAAGGCAUUCAUCAAGCUGGAAUCGAUUGAAACGAUCUCCGAGACGCGCCGACAGCAGUACGAGGAGCUGGCGAUCAACAUCUUCACGCGCUACGAACCGAAGGACAAUAAGGUAAAGCACAUUAGCUGCUACACCUGUGAGACGCCUGUAGCGGAUUGUUGUACCCGUUGUCCCAACUGUGGCAGCCGUUUCCCGCCGUGCAUCGCUUCGGGGCAACCGCUAACGAACCCAACGGGCGCUUGGCAGUGCAGCGGAUGCUAUCACGUGGCGAAUCCCCUCGAAAUCACAUCCCGGAAGACGUGCCCACUCUGUCAUCGAUUGUUAGCAACGCCCAAGGGUGCAAUUCAGAUCUGAUCUCAUCCGAUAUAUUCG